GCUCACAUCAUAAUCACUAGCUCAAUUAAAAGACCAAAUGUGCUUGCUUUUCUUUCUCAGACAACCUACCUACUAAUCUCAUAAGUUAUGUGUACCUCUUUCUACAUUCAAGACAUAAUCAUGCCUGAUCUGACCCACUUGCCAAUUGUGCAUAAAUCAUUUUGUUUUUGUGCAACUCUUCCUUCAUAGCUCCCUGGUUCAGGAUGAAAGCAUCCAGGGUAGACAAGAAGCAAAAACUUCAGCAAAGAGGAUGCAAGGCCUUUUGUUGCAGUUGCAGGCUAAGUGUCUCUUCUUCUGAGGAAGCUGAGAGCUCGAAUCCCGAUCGGUUUGCAUCGAUCUCAAGCCUGGCACAUGCGAUGGUACAAGAGAGACUAGACCAGAUGAUUAGAGAAAGGCAAGAGGCAAGACAAAGAGAGAGAAGAAGGAGACUAAGAAGUGAUGGGACCAAGUUUAUAGUAAUGGUAGCUAUGGAGAAAAGCUCUUACGAUCCAAGAGAAGAUUUUAGAGAGUCCAUGGUUGAGAUGAUCAUGGCAAACCGGCUACAAGAGCCAAAAGAUCUCCGUAGUCUGUUGAAUUAUUACAUGUCAAUGAACUCUGAAGAGUAUCAUGGAAUGAUACUGGAAGUUUUCCAUGAGGUUUGCACCAAUCUGUUUUUAUGCUGUAAAUGCCAUUGAUGGACAAUCUUGUGAAAUCUUUUAGAUGUUAGUGUUGUUAGUCAGCAUUCUCGGCGGAUGGUUACUCGGAAGGUUCAGUCCUGCCAAGUAAGAGAGUAGUCUUAUGUUAAUAAGUAUGCUGUAAUGCUACAACAAACAGUACUAUUCAAAGCUCAAUCAGAAUAGUCAAAAGGUUAUUUA